AUGUCCCAGUGCUCCCAAGUUGAGCUGAUUGCGUCACCGCCUCUAUACCGGUAUAUCGUGUGGGGCCUUGCCCUUUGGCCUUCCAGUCCUUGGAUCGAUGGCCGUGUCGGUCUGCGCGAACAGCUGUUGAUCCGUCGCCUCAACUCGCUUUGCUUUGCCAAAUGGCGAAUGCACUUCCCAGUACACGCCGCAGCAAAGCCAUAUCUUCAUGGUGUUUCGGAUGACGCGAAGAACGUGUAG